AUCCGGCGCAUUUUAGCGCGCGCCCCCUCCUCCCCGCAACGCUUCCGACACACCGCCUCUGUCUAUGGCUCUCCUCGCUCCGUCCCGCCCCUCUCCCGUCCCUCCCUCGCUUCUCCUCUGGACUCGCUAGGGUUUCUUCCGCCCACCCCUCUCUCUCUCUCAAGCGCCAUCGAAGGACGGAUUCUGCAUGCGACCGGCGGAGGCUCGGCCCUCGCUCGGCGGCGCGUCGAGUCAUGGACCCCAGGCGGCACUCCAAGGACUCGCUCUCCUAUUCCAGCCUCUUCAACCUCGAGCCGCUGAUGAGCUACAAGCUGCCGCAGCGGGACGAUGAUUUUGACUACUACGGGAGCAGUAGCCAGGACGAGAGCAGAGGUAGCCAAGUCCGGGUGCAGAGCAGCGUUGCGACCGAGUAAUGGUACGAUGUCUAAUAAGAAGAAGAAGCGGUCUUUUAAUAGCGAUAAUGAAGAUGGGGAUGGGUAUUACGGAGCGAAGAUUACGGAGGAUCGUUACCGAGCUAUGCUGGGGGAGCACAUUCAGAAGUACAGGAGGAGACCGAAGGAUCAUUCGUCGUUCGCUCAACUAGCAACGGUGGGCAUUCCACUCCCAAGGGGUAAUAAUUCUGGGCCAAAAACUCACAAACUGGCGAAUGAGCGGCGUGGAGGCUUGUAUGACGUGGAAGCUGAACCUGAAUGGGCCAACGGCAUCAAUCUUCAUAAGGAUAGGAACAACCAGAAUACCGAUGUAGCACCCGUUAACAGUUUGGAAAGGGUGGUAUAUGAACCUUCGUUUUUGGACAUUGCUGAUGGCAUAACAUAUAAGAUUCCCCCAACUUAUGAUACAUUGGCGGCUUCACUGAAUUUACCAAGUUUCUCAGAUGUCACGGUAGAGGAAUUUCACUUGAAAGGUAGCUUGGAUUUGGGUUCCUUGGCAAAACUGAUGGCCAGUGAGAAAAGGCUCGGGCCUAGAAAUAGAGCUGGAAUGGGAGAGCUUAGACCCCAAUAUGAGUCACUUCAUGCUAGAUUGAAGGCAUCUAAUGCUGCUCAACAGUUCAGUCUUAAGGUAUCAGAUGUUGGGUUGUCCUCAAUUCCUGAAGGAGCAGCUGGGAACAUAAAGAGGUCUAUUUUGUCCGAGGGUGGUGUUUUGCAGGUUUAUUAUGUGAAGGUUUUGGAAAAAGGAGAUGCAUAUGAGAUCAUCGAACGAAGUCUACCCAAAAAGGCAAAAGUGAUCAAAGAUCCUUCUUUGAUUGAGAAGGAAGAAAUGGAAAAGAUUGGAAAAGUUUGGGUGAACAUUGUCAGGAGAGACAUACCAAAACAUCAUCGGAUUUUCACGGCCUUUCAUAGGAAGCAACUAAAUGAAGCCAAGAGGUUCUCAGAAAACUGUCAGAGAGAGGUCAAAAUGAAGGUGAGUAGAUCACUUAAGUUGAUGAGGGGUGCUGCCAUUCGUACAAGGAAAUUGGCUAGAGACAUGUUGCUGUUCUGGAAGCGAGUAGAUAAGGAGAUGGCAGAAGUUAGGAAAAGGGAAGAGAGAGAAGCUGCUGAAGCCUUGAAGCGUGAGCAGGAGCUUCGAGAAGCAAAGAGACAGCAACAAAGACUUAAUUUCCUUAUACAGCAGACCGAACUGUACAGUCACUUCAUGCAGAAUAAGCCGAAUUCACAGCAGCCUGAAGCUUUUCCUGUGGGCGACACAAAGGUAAAUGAUCAAGAGACACUACUCAGUUCUUUGGAUAUGGAGCCUGGUCAGGAUGAAGAUCCUGAAGAAGCUGAAUUGAGAAAGGAGGCUCUGAAAGCUGCUCAAGAUGCUGUCUCUAAACAGAAAAGACUAACUGAUGCAUUUGACACUGAAUGCUUGAGAUUGCGCCACCCCUCUGAGACUGAGGUGACUAUGCCAGAUACCUUAGUAACAGGAUCGAGUAAUAUAGAUCUACAGACACCCUCUACCAUGCCUGCUAUGUCAACUGUUCGGACCCCAGAGUUAUUUAGAGGCAGCCUUAAAGAAUAUCAGUUAAAGGGCCUUCAGUGGCUAGUCAAUUGUUAUGAGCAGGGUCUUAAUGGCAUACUUGCUGAUGAGAUGGGUCUUGGGAAGACUAUUCAAGCGAUGGCAUUCUUGGCUCAUCUUGCUGAGGAGAAGAAUAUAUGGGGUCCAUUUCUUGUUGUUGCACCUGCCUCUGUUUUGAAUAAUUGGGCAGAUGAAAUUAGCCGUUUCUGUCCUGAUUUGAAAACUCUACCUUAUUGGGGUGGGCUUCAAGAACGGACGGUACUCAGGAAAAAUAUCAACCCAAAGCGCCUUUAUCGGAGGGAUGCUGGAUUUCACAUUCUCAUCACCAGCUACCAACUGCUAGUCUCUGAUGAAAAGUAUUUUCGGCGUGUGAAGUGGCAAUAUAUGGUAUUGGAUGAGGCACAGGCAAUAAAAAGUUCCAGCAGUAUAAGGUGGAGGACACUUCUCAGUUUUAAUUGUCGGAAUCGCUUGCUUCUUACUGGCACUCCAAUCCAGAACAAUAUGGCUGAGUUGUGGGCUCUUCUGCAUUUUAUCAUGCCUACCUUGUUUGACAGUCAUGAACAAUUUAAUGAGUGGUUCUCUAAAGGAAUUGAGAACCAUGCAGAGCACGGUGGAACUCUUAAUGAACACCAGCUCAACAGAUUGCAUGCAAUUUUAAAGCCAUUCAUGUUGAGGAGAGUUAAAAAGGAUGUCAUCCAAGAGCUGACGAGAAAAACAGAGAUUACUGUACAUUGCAAGUUGAGUAAGCGGCAACAAGCUUUUUACCAAGCUAUUAAGAACAAGAUAUCUCUCACUGAAUUGUUCGACGGAAGUCGUGGACAUCUCAAUGAGAAGAAAAUCUUGAAUUUGAUGAAUAUUGUCAUCCAGCUGAGAAAGGUCUGCAACCAUCCAGAAUUGUUUGAAAGGAAUGAAGGAAGCACUUAUUUCCAUUUUGGAGAAAUUCCGAAUGCUCUUUUGCCUCCUCCUUUUGGUGAAUUGGAGGAUGUACACUACUCAGGAGGCCAAAAUCCAAUAACAUACCAGAUGCCAAAACUGGUAAAUGAGGAAAGUCUACAACACCCAGGAAUGCUUGAUGCAUCUGUUAGGCAUGGUUUAUGCAGAGAGUCCUACCAAAAACUUUUUAAUAUAUUCUCCCCCUCUAAUGUGCAUCAAUCUACAUUUUCAGAGGAAAAUAGCUCAAAGGGGCCAUUUGUUAAAAGUGGCACUUUUGGUUUUACUCAUUUAAUGGAUCUGUCCCCGGCUGAGGUUGCAUUUGUCGCUACUGGUACUUGUAUGGAAAAACUGUUGUUUUCCAUGGGAGAAUGGAAUGGUCAGCUAUUGGAUCAAAUGGUGGACUUUGUAAUUGAAACCACUGAUGAUGACAUGAGAUGCAAUCACCUUGACAGAGGAAAAGUGAAAGCUGUUACAAGAAUGCUGCUAAUGCCAUCAAGAUCUGAAGCAAGCUUGCUUACAAGGAAAUAUGCUACUGGUCCUUCUGACGCUCCAUUUGAGGCUUUAGUUUACUCUGAUCAGGAUAGGUUUCUAUCCAACAUUAGGCUACUGCAUUCAACACACGCAUUUAUUCCCCGAGCUAGAGCUCCUCCGAUUGGUGUCCAUUGUUCGAAUAGAAACUUCACAUACAAAACAAUUGAAGAAUUACAUCAUCCUAGGAUGAAGAGAUUGUUCUUGGGAUUUGCCCGCACAUCAGAGUACAAUGGACCAAGAAAGCCACAUUGCCCACCUCAUCCUUUAAUUGAAGAGAUUGAUGCUGAGCUACCUAUCUCACAGCCAGCUCUUCAGCUUACAUACAGAAUAUUUGGUUCUUGUCCUCCCAUGCAGAGCUUUGACCCCUCGAAGUUGCUUACCGAUUCUGGUAAGCUCCAAACAUUGGAUGUAUUGCUGAAGCGCUUGCGUGCAGAAAAUCAUCGCAUCCUUCUGUUUGCUCAGAUGACAAAGAUGCUCAAUAUUCUUGAGGACUAUAUGAAUUACAGAAAAUAUAGGUACCUAAGGUUGGAUGGAUCCUCCACCAUUAUGGAUCGACGAGAUAUGGUCAGAGACUUUCAACAUCGGAAUGAUAUUUUUGUAUUCCUACUGAGUACCAGAGCUGGUGGACUGGGAAUUAACUUAACAGCAGCUGACACGGUCAUAUUUUAUGAAAGUGAUUGGAAUCCAACACUGGAUUUGCAGGCGAUGGAUCGCGCUCACAGAUUGGGUCAAACAAAGGAUGUUACUGUUUAUCGGUUAAUCUGUAAAGAGACAGUUGAGGAGAAAAUUCUUCAAAGAGCUAGUCAGAAAAAUACUGUUCAGCAGCUUGUCAUGACAGGGGGUCAUGUCCAGGGCGAUCUGUUGGCUCCUGAGGAUGUUGUCUCGUUACUUUUGGAUGAUGCUCAAUUGGAGCAAAAACUAAGAGAGAUCCCACCACAGGUUAAGGAUAGACAAAGAAAGAAGCAGUCAACGAAGGGCAUCCGCUUAGAUGCUGAAGGGGAUGCGUCUUUGGAAGACUUAACAAACAUUGCUGCUGAGGGUGCUGGAAAUGAGCCCACUCCUGACGCAGACAAAACAAAGUCCAGUAGCAAAAAGAGGAAAGCCACUGCUGACAAGCAAAGCUCGUUGAAGUCAAGAAACCCGCCUAGGAUGAGCGAACAUAGCUCAUCACCCACAGAGUAUCCUUUUGACGACAGCUUACCAUAUAAUGACCAGCAAUCACAGAAACCGAAGAGACUAAAGAGGCCUAAGAAGAGCGUGAAUGAGAAUCUCGAGCCUGCAUUUACUCCUGCACCCAACAUACCUCCAGAGCAGAACCAAUUUCAGCCUAUUCAUGAAUUUGGUUCCAGUGAUCCCAGUACUUGAACAUGGACAACUUGCGACGUGAUCAUAGAAAGGAAUUGCAAAGUGUAAUUGUAUCCGCUCCCACUGGCUGACCUUCUACAUCGCGAAAGGCAUCGAGCGCCGCUUUUUGACCCCUUCACGGCCUGUGGGGAGUGUGAUGAGAAUCGAGGAAAGGCGAAGUCUGACCUGUAUGAUUUUUUUGUAUAGUUUUCGGCCAAAUUAUUGUAGGUCUACUGUCUAUUGAUAGCUUGUAUAGGGCCCGAGUUUAUCGAGUCUUUCUCCCAUAAUGCAGAGAGACAUUUGUACAGGUCAAAUCCCAUUUAUAAUGGAAAGUCCUGUUCGGAAG